GGGCGAAAACUUGCCAACAUAAAUAUACCAGCUAGGGUUAAUUAGGUUAGGUUCUAUUCUCAUCAAAAUCAUGAAAAAACUCCUUUGAGUCUGUCUUUCCAUUUAUAGAAAUUUUCUUCUUUGAAAACAAGAAUUUAGGGUUACAGUAUUGAAGAAUAUGAAGAAGACACAGAUAGUGAUCAGAAAAGAUGGAUCAAAAAGAGGUUCUUCGAGGGCUGUAAGGUAUGCGGAAUGUCAGAAAAACCAUGCAGCCAACAUCGGCGGCUAUGCCGUGGACGGCUGCCGGGAAUUCAUGGCCAGCGGAGGAGAAGGAACAGGCGGCGCGCUUACGUGUGCGGCCUGCAGCUGCCACAGGAAUUUUCAUCGAAGAGAAGUGGAAUCUGAGGUGGUUUGUGAAAAUUCAUAAAAUUCGAUAAGUAAUUGUUUGCUCUUUGUCUAUCUGUUCGUGUUUGAAAUUAAUGUUAUGUUCCGUACAUGAGGGAGUAAUUUAAUUACAAAACGUUGAUCUAAUUUGAUAUAAGUUCAACUCAUCAAGAAAUGAUUGUGGAUCAGAACUGUGGAUUUAAAUUCAAGAUCCACAUAUAUUUAAACCGAGCGUAUCAAGAAUUUUUUUAUAUCUAAGGGUUUCAUCUCGAUGUAUUUUUCGCCUAUUUCAUCGGCACAUAACCCUAUAAAUUGGAUAAUUUUUUUCUUCA